AUGGUCCCCCCCCCGGGAUUAGGCUCUGGUGUCUUCCGCCACCAGUGCGAGGGCGAGCUCGUUCUCAAGCUCACCAACGAGAAGAUCCCCUACUUCAACGCCCCCAUCUUCCUGAACAAGGACACCCAGGUUGGCAAGGUUGAGGAGAUUUUCGGCCCGAUCAACGACGUGUUCUUCACCGUCAAGCUGCAGCCCGGCUUCGUUGCCUCCUCCUUCAAGGUUGACGACAAGCUCUUCAUCGGCUCCGACAAGCUCCUUCCUCUGGCCCGCUUCCUGCCGCAGCCCAAGCCCGCCGGCAAGGUUGCCCGCCCGGCUGGUGGUGCUCGCGGCGGCGGUCGCGGUGGUGCCCGUGGUGGCUUCGGCGGCGGUCGCGGUGGCGGCUUCGGCGGCGGUCGUGGCGGUGGCUUCGGCGGUGGCCGCGGUGGCGGCUUCGGCGGCGGUCGUGGCGGUGGCCGCGGUGGUGGCUUCGGCGGCGGCCGCGGUGGCGGCUUCGGCGCCCGUGGUGGUGGCUCUUUCCGUGGCCGCUCUUAAGGAAGAGGUGUUCAUCCGUAGCGCCCACAAAAGAAAACCCGAGCGACGACACGCAUUUCAUCAUCCCCACAUGCUAUGUGCAUCGCCUGGAUUCGCGCGCGGGCCCUCUCCCCCCUGACAAAUCCCCAUUUCCAUGCAAAAAAGACCGGGCGAGGGGGGGUACUUGUCCUCUCCGUUCUGUCGAUGAUAUCCCCCCCCCCGUUUUUCGCGGGGUGUCCUGCCUGCUUGUUGGUCCCCUUUCACCCCCCCUCCUCUCUGUGUAUUAGCGCGCUCCCUCCAGAAGGGAGAGACGGGAAUCCUCCCACACCCACACACGCACGCAUCUGCCCAAGACGAACCUCCCCCCCCCCCACCCCCGCGAGGGAGAACCCGUUCCGGUGGCUGCCCCAAUGUGCGAUACCAGCCCCCUCCCCCCCUCCACCCUUGUGAUAUGAAUAGCAACAAUAUUAGAAAUGCAA